UUUAUCCCCAAGGCUGACACGCUGGGUUUUUACACCGAUAAUAAAUUACAUUCAUUGUACAGUGUUGCAGUUGCCGUCCGUUAUUGAUGCUGUUAACAUCGCAAUGAAGACUGUUCUAAUUGUGCUUUUAGCGGCGACGUCAAUCUCUGCCGAUGUGCGUCAAGUGAUAACUGGGAAUAAUAAACUGACGGCGGAUAUAUACGAGACGUUGUUGCCUAAAAACCAAGCCAAUUUCCUGUUUAGUCCGUUUUCGGCGCAAACCGUGCUAGCGCUAGUUCAAUCAGGUGCUAGAGGACAAACCGAACAAGAACUAAAAUCGGUCUUGCACCUCCCCAAUAACCAACGAGACGUCGAAGAAGGUUUCGAAACGUUGCUCCCGAGUUUGAAGACAGCUCGUGGGUAUUCGUUUCACGUGGCGAACAAAAUCUACCUCAAUCACGAUUUUAACAUCAAGAGUGGUUUUCGCAGAACCGCGACUGACGUUUUCGGGGCAGAUGUGGGGACGGUUGAUUUUUCACGGUCCUUGCAGGCCGCCAAUACCAUGAACCAGUGGGUGGAGCAGCAAACCAAUGACAAGAUACGCGAUUUGAUAAGUCCUAGUAAGAUUGGUAGUAGUACUAAGGCGAUUGUGAUCAACGCUUUGUACUUUAACGGGAAUUGGUCAACCCCUUUUAAGCGUUUCAUCACCAAGAAACGCGACUUCUACACCCCUGGACGAACGCCAACCCAAGUUGACACUAUGUUGAAGAACGAGGACGAUAUCACUUUCAACUAUGCGGAAAGUAAGGUACUUAGAGCACAGUUCUUGGAGUUGCCGUUCCAAGGCAGAGAGGUGUCGAUGGUUUUCGUGCUACCGUUCGAAAUGGACGGGAUUAGCUACCUGGAGCAACACAUCGACAAAGUGUUUGAGCCUCAAGCUUGGACGAGGGAGUACGUUAACAUGUCGAUCCCCAAGUUUAAGAUUGAGAGCGAGCUUGACGUUAAACAGAUUCUUCAAAAUUUAGGGGUGAGGGCACCGUUCUCGCCAGAACUAGCCGACUUUAAAGGAAUUAGUGACGGUAGGUUAGUGAUAAGCGACGUCAUUCAGAAAACUUUUAUCGACGUGCACGAGUCUGGAGUUGAAGCGGCAGCUGCAACCUAUGCAGGUUUGACCCUUCUGAGUAUCCAGUCGACGCCAGAACCGAAACAAUUCAACGUGAAUCAUCCCUUUAUCUUCUAUAUCAAAAUCAAGGAGUUGGUGGUUUUCGCAGGAAGAGUUGUAAUGCCACUUGUUUGAUAAGUACGUGCCAUGAUAUUUGUAUGUAGUUUAAAAUAAAUGUUUUGCUAAAA